UAAAUUCUCAUUAUCCUAAAUUUCUCUUUUAACAUUAGAAACAUUUUCAUUUUCCUUUUCUUUCAUCCAUUAUUGAUCAUCAUGACCAGAUGCACAUCAUCAUCAUCAUCCAUUGAUAUUUACCGUUAUUAUCGACUAAAACAAUGAAAUUUCACCAAUUGCCGAGAACAAUCGAUCGCUUUAUUCAGACUUGAUCAUUGCAUCGAUUCGAAUCAACAUUGAAAUUUCAUCGUUAUCACCAUGAUCGUAAUGAAUGUCAAUAUUGAUGAUUUUUUUUUUUUUUUGACUAUCGGUAAACAUUGAUCGACAGGAAAAAGCAUCUUUCACACAGUCUAUGUAUAUAUGAAAAGGGUGACAAAAAAAAAUUUUUUUUUGUGUUUGCCAUUUUUCUAUAAAUUGUGUAUGCAUCGUUCAAUAUUUCAUCAAUGUUAUUCCAAAUUUAUUUUUCAUUUCAUCUCAAUAUUACUGUGUUUUAUAUAUAAUAUGUGUGUGUGUGUCACCACUCUUUUUAUAAUAGAACCACAUAUGUCGUUUGAUUAAUUCUUCUCUUUUUUUUUGUUGGCAAUUUAGAAAUUUGUUUCCAACCACUUAAAUAUAAUCAGCUUAAUUGAAUUUAAUUCGAAUGAAAAUUGUAAUUUUUACACAAGACAAAUUGAUAAUUGAACGGUUGUGUUCGAAAUUAUUGCGGUUUGUCGUUGUCUAUAGCAAAUAUCCAACUUGUUCAUCCUAGUUAUCAUCAUCAUUAGUUUAAAGAAAUAUGUGAUUACAUAGAUUGAAACGAAAACAAUGUCAUUAUUGUAUUGGAACUGUAUAAUCAUCGUACAGAUAUUAAUGGAAAUAAUAUCCUGCCAAAACAUUGGAAUCCAUGAAUUGAGUCAUGAUUAUAAUUUGAAAAAAAUUGAUGUUCAACAUGUACAAAAACUUCCAUCAUUUCUGGAUACAUCGAUUACUUAUCAAUAUCGUUAUGAACCAUUACCGAAUACUACUGUUAGAUAUUUCUUAGCCAAACCAUGGCGUUUACGUUAUGUCGAAUUCCAUGAUCGAAUCCAUGAUGUUCGAAUCUUACAUCGACAAGCACAGAUUCGUUUUGAUCGUGUUCGUCGAACGCAUGAAGGAAUCUAUAGUUUAUAUCAAUUCUAUUUCCAGCAAACAUCAUCACAUGCUGAUCAUGAUUAUGAUGAUGAUGAUGAUGAUGAUGAUUUAAAACAGAAUUCACCAUCAAACCAUGCUCGCCUUGUACAUUAUACACGUCGUGAUUUCAAUCUAGUCGUACAUGGUCUCAAAAAAGAAAGAGAAUUCUGUCGAGAUAAUGCUGAAUGUGAGAGUGGAUCAUGUCCAUCAUUUUAUUGUGUAUGUAAUCGUCAAACACCAGUAUGGUUAGAAAUGGCUAAAAUCUGUUUGGAAACAAAAAACAUCAACGAUACUUGUCAUGAUCAUAUCGAAUGUCAAUGGAACGGUGGUCCAGAAGCUGAAUGUUUUAAACAUCAAUGGUCUCGUUGUCGUUGUCGGAAACCGUCGGUUGCCAUAAAAAUUUCUUCCACACAGUAUCACUGCGUUCACAUGGCCGAAUUAGGGCAACCAUGUAUCUUUUCGAAGCAAUGUACAUUGUCGGGUGAAAAUCGGUACUGUAAUGGUAGCUAUCGUUGUGACUGCCUACCCGGUUAUUAUCAUCGAUCAAAUAAUCAUCGUUGCAUCUCGUCAUCAUCAUCAUCCAGCCCAAUCCAGCACAUCAAUCGACUGCCAAUAUUUAUUCUAUCAUCGUUCUUGACAAUCAUUGUUUGUUAUGAUAAAAUCAAUUUUUCUUUAUAAUUAAAAUGAGAACAUUGAGA